AUGUAUCGAUUGUUUGCUUUGACGUACUUGCUUGCAACGCAUAUUGCCGGCAGCACAGCUUUCCCACCAUCAAAAACAAUCGAGAAACGUGCUGUCUGUACACCGAGCAGUUAUGGCAAUACAUCAGAGGACGAUACUCCUGCAAUUGCUGCCGCGAUCGCAUCAUGCGGUAAAGGUGGUACCAUUGUGAUUCCAUCCGGCUCAACUUAUAGUAUCAGAAGUACUCUUGAAUUUACGGGUUGCUCCGGUUGUGAAUUGCAACUAGAAGGUACAUUGAAGGCAUCCGAUGACUAUGAGUACUGGAGUGACUACAAGGCGAUCAUCCUCAUUAGCGACAUUACCGGCGCAACUAUCACCUCUACGACUGGAGCUGGUGUCAUAGAUGGUAACGGUCAGGAUGCCUAUGAUGCAUUUGCAGCAGAUAGCUCACUUUCUCGACCUACGCUUGUGUACAUUACCGGUAGCUCGGAUAUCAACAUGUCCGGUUUCAAUGUGAAGAAUCCCCCAAAUGUGUUCUUCAGUAACACCGGAUCUUCCAGCAACGUUGAAUAUGCAAGCUUGACAAUGACUGCCUCAUCAAAGUCCACCAAUGCUCCCAAGAACACUGACGGGUUUGAUGUCGGUACAAGUACUUAUACCACCAUCCGCAAUGUUUAUGUCAGCAACCAGGAUGACUGCAUUGCCUUCAAACCCGGCGCAAACUACGCUACCGUCGAUACUUUGACCUGCGCCGGCACCAACCACGGCGUCAGCAUUGGCUCCUUGGGGGAGAGCGGCGACAGCACCGUGAAGAACAUCUAUCUUACCAAUCUUAGCAUGAGCGGUUGCAGCAAAGCUGCCGGCAUCAAGCUAUAUGCUUCAGGUCCUAAUUACGGAACUGCCACAGUCAGCAAUAUCACUUAUCAAGGUGUAACUGUCAAUGACUGUGACUACGGUCUUCAGAUUCAAAGUUGCUACAAUGGCAAUACAACGUACUGUGCGGAGUAUCCCUCCACUGCGUCGCUGACAGACGUUUAUUUUAAUGACUUCUCGGGUACCACUAGCGGUAAAUAUGGAUCUGUAGUAGCUAACUUGGACUGCUCUGCUGAUAUGACUUGCGAUGUCUAUGUUGAGGACUUUACUGUCAAGCCACCCAGUGGCACGGCUGAAGUUUUAUGUGCAAAUUUUGACGUUAGUCCAGGCGUGACAUGCACGUCUGGAGCAUCUGGUUAG